UGGCAAAAAACCCAAAAAAGUCUGGUAAUUUAAGGAACUCUUUAUAGAACUUAUGGUAGGUAGAAUUUGGGUGAUCGUGAAAAAUAUGCUAGGGUGUAAAUCAAACGAAACGAACUGGCGAAAGACACGCUCCAAUCGCUAUCGAUAAGAGGUCAGAGGCGGUGAUUGUAUUUGACAAAUGUGUAUAAAUCAGAUAAAUGACUAAAAAUACUUUAUGUGUGUUAAAAUUGUACAACUGUGUAAGAAAAAUGAAGAGUGCAUCGCGACGAUUAAAAUAUAUUCGGAGUCAGUGCUCAAUUCGUCAAGUCAAAUGUAAUUUAACCGCGUAUUCUUGGAUUGGUACAACUCAAAGGAACUAGAAUUAAAGAAAUUAUUCGAAAAAACACAAAGUAUUCAUGUGGGUAUCAGGGAGGGAACAAUUUUAAUGUUGGUGUGUGGUUUUAGCUAUGUAUAUGAGCUAUGAAUUUCAAAAAAUAUGAUUUAAGAUUUGAUUGACCUGAUUGAUUGAUCGAUAUAUUUUUUUAAUAAUGCCAAACAUGUUAUAUUUCAGAUUAUAUAUGGCGAUUAUGACAAAAUUUCUAAGGACAAGUUUGCUUUUGCAAUUUUUUGUCUUGAUUUUCGUAUUUUGUAACCUUGUACAUGAAUGUAAACCAAAUACACAACCAAAUGAGUCGACCUUACAAGAUGAAAAUAUAAAUCAACUUCAUAUCGGAUUACAAGUGACUAAUUAUCCCAUACACCAAGUGAUUUCAAGAAUAUUCUAUUUCUUUUUGAAAAAUGUUCUUAACUAUACAAAUGUUCAUUUAAUUCCAAUAGAAACUACAUUUAAUGAAUGGGAAAUUUUCGAAAACAUAAGGCGACAUGCAACAAAACCAACAAUCAGUAUAAUUAAUAUGUAUGUGCGUAUGAAUUAUUCUGAAAAAUUACCAGAGAAGGUAUCUUUUGCUGGACACUCCAUUGGGCCGGGGCACUACGGCUGGAUCGUUCCUAUUUCCAAUAUAUGGAUAGACAACCUAACUCACCAAAGCUUAAGUUUUAAUAUUUUCAAAAAUAUUAGUAAUACACAUUAUGAUCAAUACGUAAUUGAUAAAAACAAACUUAAAGAACUUACCCAUUUUCCUUGUGUUGUGCACUUUAAUAAUCCGAAUUGCGAUGGAUUCAAAUGCGUUACAAUUUUAGCAGAAUUUGAAAAUGACACAGGCUUUAUUAAAAAAGAAUUAAUUGAAAUGGGAUUGUUUGUCAAUGUCAUAUGGUUGGGAAAUAAUUUUAAAAAAACCAUAAAAAAUUUAAUUACAGAGUACGCACAAAACUACCCAUUUGGCUACAAAAGAAUAAUUAUUUUGCACUGGGUUCCAUCAGAUAUAUUUUAUGACAAAACUAAUUUUACUGAAAUUAUUAUACCCAAAUGCGAAUUCAUCGAGUCAUUUAAAAAAUCAGGCUGUAAAUAUGAGAAUACUUCUAUUUUAAAAUAUUAUUCAACGAAUUUGGAAUCAGACAGCCGAAUACAACACGCACUUCAUAGUUUUUAUUUACGUGAUGAGGACGUCGAAUAUAUAUGUAAAGACCUUGAAACCUAUAAACAGAACAUGUCUUUGGAUUUGUACAACAGUGUGGCUAGCCACUGGCUUUCAAAUAAUACUUAUUAUUAUAGAAAAUGGAUAAAAAUGGAACCACCUAUAAAUCUUUUCAUUGGUGGUAUAUUUCCUUUAAAUAUAUCAAAAAGUGGAUAUGAAAAUCUUUUCAAUGUUUCAAGAAGUGCAGCAUCAGCUAUUAAUAAAAAUGAAUCAAUAUUACCUGGAUACAAUUUGAAAAUCUUAGCCAGCAAUGGGCAAUGCCAAUCGAAUAUGGUUCUAAAAUCAUUUAUUCACUAUUAUACAAGGCCAAAUAUGUUAGGUAUCUUAGGUCCAGCAUGUAGUGAAACAGUAGAGCCCAUAGUUGGCUUAGGAAAGUAUAUGAAUUUGAUAGUUAUGUCCUAUUCUGCUGAGAGUGUAAACUUGGUUAACAGUAAAUCUUACCCCUACUUCUUUCGUACAAUAGGAUCAGAUUUGAUUUUCAUAGGUGCAUAUCUUGAAAUCAUGAAAAUCUUUGAUUGGAGUAGAGUAAGUAUUUUAUAUGAAAAUGAAGCAGUUGAAUAUAUCACGAAUUUGAAGCGUAAUUUAAAGUAUAGAAAUUUUACUUUGGUCAAAAAUAUUAAAAUUAACACCAACUGCAAGCCCACCGAUAUCAAAGAGAACCUUCAAAACUUAAAUCAAGCCCGUUCUAAGAUUAUAAUUGCAAAUUUACAUUUUCCUACUGCUGCGAGAACAAUUUGUGAGGCAUUUAAAUUAAAAAUGACUCAACAGUAUGGUUAUAUUUGGUUUCUUCCCCAUGGACUUGUAAAAGACUUUGAUAGUUGGCAAAUAUCUGUAAACGAUAGCUGUAGUGCGCAAGAAUUUAAUAAAGCAAUUAAUGGUCAUUUUAGUAUAAUGCACACACCAUUUAGCAACUACACGGCACGCAUGCAAGAAGGCCGUACUAUAAAAGAUUGGAAAGAAUCGUAUAAAAUUCAAUAUGGAUCCGAACCUUCCUAUUAUUCCGGCUUUACAUAUGAUGCUGUUUGGACAUACGCCUUAGCUGCUCAUAAAUUACUACUUAAAGACAAAAAUGCAUUCAAUUUUUUAAGAACAGAAAAUGUUACAAAUAGGCUUAGUGAAUUUAUUUGGUCAACUAGAUUUAAUGGCUUAUCUGGGAAUGUAUUUUUUGCCGGGGGGGGGGCAGGAGGAUCACGAGUUCUCAGCUUAGAUUUUUUGCAGUGGCGAAAUAUUAGUUUUCACCAAAUUGGAACAUAUAAGCCCCCUAUGAAACUUUUUAUACCUGGGAUUCAUAUUAGCGAAGGAAAAUUGUUAUUGAAUAUUACUGAUAUAUAUUGGCCAACAGGUCGAGUUCCCGAAGAUGGAAGAUUUGACUGUAGGUUUUCUAUAUUGGCUCGAUUAUUAAAUUUAAGUUGUGAUACCUCUACAGUAAUUUUCACAAUUUUAAUCUGUCUAUUUUCCGUAUCGACUCUAUCAUUUAUUUUUUUUUUUGCUUUUAAACAAUUUUAUAAACGUAAACUAAAGCGUUCGGCCCAGAUAAUGAAAAUGUUUGGUAUUGACCUACUUUCUCCGACAUUGAAUAAAAAAAAUACUCUAGAUAAAUGGGAAAUCGCCAAAGAGAACGUGGUAAUAAACCGACGAUUAGGAGAAGGCGCAUUCGGUAUGGUAUACGGUGGGGAAGCAAAAUUUUCUGAAAAUCAGUGGACAACUGUGGCAGUCAAGACAUUAAAAGCUGGCCAAUCUACAGAAGAUCGUAUUGACUUUUUAACAGAAGCUGAAGCUAUGAAAAAAUUUGAUCAUAAUAACAUUAUUAAAUUACUCGGUGUUUGCUUACAAAGUGAACCAAUAUAUACAAUAAUGGAGUUUAUGUUACAUGGUGAUUUAAAAACGUUUCUUUUGGCCAGACGAAAUAUGGUUAGGGAAAAUAUUUCUGAUGAAUGUGAUAUUUCAUGCAAGCGUCUUACACUGUACGCAAUUGAUAUUGCCAAGGGUUUGUCAUAUUUAGCUAAAAGAAAGUACGUUCAUAGAGACAUCGCAUGUCGAAACUGUUUGGUAAAUUCUGAUAGAGUCGUGAAAAUUUCAGAUUUUGGCAUGGCUCGACCAACUUUUGAAAGUGAUUAUUAUAGAUACAAUCGCAAAGGUAUGAGAAAACUUUUCCCAGUUCGCUGGAUGCCACCAGAAACAUUGUCCUUGGGAAUAUUCACUACAGCUUCGGAUAUUUGGUCUUUCGGAAUAGUACUUUAUGAAUUAAUAUCAUUUGGUUCAUACCCCUACCAGGGACUGACAAAUAGUCAGGUUCUUGAUUAUGUUAAAAGUGGAAAUACCAUAAAAAUACCUUUUAAAGCUAAGCCUCAACUGAAAAGACUUAUUCAGGCAUGUUGGAGUCAAGAUGCUGCUCAUCGACCUUCUGCUACAGAAAUCGUAGAGUAUAUUUCAAAGUAUCCUCGUCUUUUAAGUGCUUGUCUUGAUAUUCCACUAAAGGUUAUUGAUAUGAAAAGCAAUAAGACAUACGAUUUUGAAGGUUUAGAUAAAAUGAUUCAAUCUUCGGAUGAAAUGGAGAAAAUGGUUUGUUCAAAUAGUUCUUUAACAUUUAGUUCCAUACCAACUACUCCAGAUGGUUAUAGUAUAAUGACUCCACUCUUAACACAUCAAAAAAGAAUGAACUUUUAGGUAUAAUGAAAAUAUAUAGAAGGGUAUAAGUUAUAUGGAAGGCUAUAGGAAACUUAUCUAAAAUUUACUAAAUCAUAAUACCAUUGUAAAUGAAUAAUUCAAAUAUACAUGUUGAGGAGGCCACUCAUUAUUCAUUGAAAGUCGUAUUAUUUUUCCUUUUAAGUUUAUUUAUUUAAAUUUAUUUGUAAAGUUUUAGAUUUUUUUAUGUAGUGUGGUGCGCUUUAAAAAUCCGAAUUGCGUUGGAUACAAGUCCGUUACAAUUUUAGCAGACUUUGAAAAUGACACAACCUUUGAAUUAAAUGUGAAUUAAUGAAA